AAAUUCAUUUUAACCAAUUAAACACAACCUCACAAGUUUCCCUUCGAUCUCAAACUAACACUUUGUUAUACUUGUUAUAUAAACUCAAACAAUAACACCAAAACUUCUCAAAUCCGAGAAAUAUGGCUACGACACGAGCUUCUACGUCAGGCAGGGUCUCUCAAGCUUUCACUAUCCUCGUCUUCUUCUUCUUCUUCUUCUCAACUCUCACUGCUUCAGUGGAAGCUGCUGGUCGUGGAGUUAACAAUGAUAAAAAGGGCGACGGAUUAGGAGCUUCGUUCAUAUUUGGAGAUUCUCUAGUCGAUGCCGGAAAUAAUAAUUAUCUAUCGACGUUGUCUAGGGCCAAUAUGCAGCCUAAUGGUAUCGAUUUCAAAGCCUCCGGAGGAAAUCCUACCGGCCGGUUCACCAAUGGCCGGACCAUCGGUGACAUCGUUGGGGAAGAACUUGGGUCUGCCAACUACGCGAUUCCAUUCUUAGCACCGAAUGCGACAGGCAAAGCUCUAUUAGCCGGUGUGAAUUAUGCAUCUGGAGGAGGAGGAAUCAUGAAUGGCACCGGGAGAAUCUUUGUGAAUAGGUUAGGUAUGGAUGUACAAGUUGAUUUCUUCAACACUACACGGAAACAGUUCGAUGAUCUACUUGGAAAAGAGAAAGCAAAAGAGUAUAUAAGCAAAAAAUCAAUAUUCUCAAUCACUAUAGGAGCAAACGAUUUUCUCAACAAUUAUUUAUUCCCACUUCUCUCAGUCGGAACACGGUUCACUCAAACUCCUGAUGAUUUCAUAGGUGACAUGCUCGAGCAUCUACGCGACCAACUAACCAGGCUAUAUCAAAUGGAUGCAAGGAAGUUUGUAAUCGGUAACGUUGGACCAAUUGGAUGCAUACCGUACCAAAAAACGAUCAAUCAGUUAAAAGAAGACGAGUGUGUGGAUUUGGCUAAUAAGCUAGCAAAUCAAUACAAUGUUAAAUUAAAGAGUUUAUUAGAUGAACUAAACAAGAAACUUCCCGGUGCAAUGUUUGUCCAUGCCAAUGUCUACGACCUAGUAAUGGAACUCAUUACCAACUACAAAGAAUACGGGUUCAUAUCCGCGACAAAGGCUUGUUGCGGUAAUGGAGGACAAUAUGCAGGUAUAAUUCCGUGCGGACCAACUUCGAGUUUGUGCGAAGAGAGGGAUAAAUAUGUGUUUUGGGAUCCUUACCAUCCAAGCGAAGCAGCAAAUGUCAUCAUCGCGAAGCAAUUGUUAUAUGGUGAUAUCAAAGUUAUAUCUCCGGUUAAUCUCAGCAAACUUCGAGAUUUGUGAUUUGAUUGUUGAACUAAAAAAUGUCCCUUUAUAUACACAAUUUCUUACAUUUACGUUUGUUAUACGCCAAGUUAAAAUCAUUUCUUUGUAUUUUUAUGUGUUGUCGUGUUCAAAAAAAAAAUUUAAGUGAGAAAUGCUUGUUUGUU